CCGCUUCAUCACUUCCGAUCGCCGAUUUGAAAGGAAUCGACCGUUUCUCACGACAAGAGAAAAUCCUCAGAAAUAAAUUAGCGUCACUCUAUCGACUUGUAGAUCUAUUCCAAUGGAGCCAGGGGAUCUACAAUCAUAUAACGGUUCGACAUCCAUCGACAUUAAACGAGAUUCUGAUAAAUCCAUUCGGAUUAUUGUAUCACGAGAUCACUGCCUCGUAUUUAAUAAAGGUUGAUCUAGAUGGAGAGGUUUUGGAUCAAGGAGCUACAAAACUUGGAAUAAAUGAGUCCGCUUUCAAACUUCACUCGGCGAUUCACGGUGCUAGAGACGACGUGCAUUGUGUGAUUCAUAUGCAUAACGCGGUCGUCUCUGCUGUGAGCUCGAUGAAAUGCGGAUUGUUGCCGAUUUGUCAAGAAGCGAUGGUCAUUGGAGCGGUCGCCUAUCAUGAAUAUCAAGGAACAUUAGAUGAUGAAAAAGAGAGACAAUCAAUAAUAGAAGAUUUGGGCGACAAAAACGUGAUGAUCAUUCGAAAUCAAGGCUUUGUCGCUUGUGGCCAAUCGAUCGAGGAGGCCCUCCAUUUGGCCUAUAACACGAUUUUGGCCUGUGAGACACAGAUCCGGGCUGCUAGAGCUGGAAUUGAGAAGUUGCAUAUCCCCGAUGAAACGACCAUUCAAAAGGCGUACUUGGAAGCGAGAAAGGGUAGUGGAAUGUUCCGCUCACCGUCUCAAAAUAACAACUCUAAAGAGGAACCCGAGUGGAAAGUCGGCGAAUUGGAGUGGGAAGCUUGGAUGAGAGUUUUGGAUAAUGCGGGCUUCCGAACGGGUCACUUCUACCGCCAGCCACUGCUCCGACAAAGAUCUCCGGUGACAACAACGAGUCGAGUGAAUGGAUGCAAUGAAGUAGCCUGUCCGCCCGCGAGUACAUCGAUUGGAAUGAUUGACGAAUCCGAUCCCGAAGCUCUAACCGCUCACAAAAUCGCUUUACUGCGGAAAGAACAGGAGAAAACCCGAUGGUUAAACACACCGAACAACUAUCAGAAAGUAGAGAUUUUGGAAACGGGAACCGAUCGACCAAAAGUGAUCACGAAAUGGGUUCAAGACGUUUCGGCAACUUCAUUGAAUGGGACACCGGUGAAGAUCACAUCGAAUCAUCAGUUUUCACCGUUAAGCGUGAAUCCGAAAGAGUUCAAAGACAAACAAAAGGCGAUCAAAGAGAACCGACGAAGCGGCAAAACGUCAGCCGGUCCUCAAUCCGUGAUUCUCGAUGGGGUUACUUAUGAAGAUCUCAAGGAUAUGAAACCUGUCAAUUGUGAUGGAGACUCAAUCACUGGUCCGGCUGAUCGAGUGGUUUUGAUUGGAACCGCUUCAAAGGGAAUCAUUGAUCGGCAACAUCAACAUAAUGCACAGGUUUAUCGCCAACUUUAUGCACCGAAUCCGUUUGCUUCAGAAACCGAUGAAGAUAUCAGGAAAUAUUUUCAAGAGGUUGAAUCAAAAUCCCCUCGAAGUCAAUCGGCCCGUGGUGUUUCCUCGUCUCGAGAUGGUGGCUAUAGCACUUAUCGUAGUGAUACAACAAAUGGCACCUCCUUUGAGCCGGAUCGUCCGGAUACUCCUGACAGUCCCGGAGCUGAAACCACAAUCCCAACAACAACGAAUACAGCAUCGCUGAUGCAAGGCGCUCGCGAGCAUCGAAUGCGCGAAGAGUCCUCCUAUGCAAUUGAUGAACUCUCCACUUCGAAAGCCCUAGACAUUACAGAUUCUUCUGAGCCUUCACGCACAAAUGGAAGUGAUCACCAUUCACGUGCACGAUCGACACCGCGAAAUUUUGGCUCACAGACCACCCCGAGCACCUCAUCGAAUUUCGGCCGUGUCGAUUCAAGGAGACACAAUCGUCAUUCAGCGGGUCGCUCAAAUGCAACACUUUCUGAAGAAGAGCCACCACAAUCAUCGGAAAAGAAAAAGAAAAAGCGCGGCUUCUUCUCGAGACAUAGAAACACCAAAGCCUCAACGGAUUGUCACCACUGUUUGAUAUCAAAGCCAUUCAAGAACUUUCUCCUAGAAUUUCAUUUUAAUAAAUUGAUGCAAAUGCAUCAACAAAGCGGCAAAGUCACUUUGGAGAGUAAAGAGAAAUUGCCGAGCAAAUUGUACGAUGUGGUCUGUGAUGCAAAUCUUCUCGUCUCUCACAUUCAAGCGGCUAGUGGGAGUAAUGAGAUGCUCGGCACGGCCACAAAGCAAUUCGUCGCACAGGAGAACACGAUCGAAUGCACUGCUCAAGCUAUUGAUCGCCUGAACAAAUUGGUGGACGACCUCGAUGAUGCUCUGCCGUUCCCAUCAGAAAUG